ACUGGGUUAUUACGUUUAUUGCAACCGCCUCCUAUAAUAUCAAUGAACACACAUUUAAUCACGCGGUUAGCAACACCGUGAGCAAACUGUGGAAACCUAUAAGAUGGGAUAUGCCUGGAGGACUGUGUAUAUUUUCCCAAUGUAUCCUAUACCCAGUAUGCAUCCAACUCAAUUUGUUUUCGGGGUGGGUGGGGGUAGAGGUAGAGGUUAAAUUUGACUGCCGGACUCUCGUUGCAUUGCUGGCCGUGAUUCACUAAGAUCGAUGCAGUUUGUUCUAAGCUGCAGGUAGUUCUGUGCUCGGCCCCUGGGCGUUGCGCAGGCGGUGCGUGUAGCAGCCGGAGCCCGGGCCGCGUCACUGGGAUGUUUCCACCAGCAGGGGACGGAAGGUGGCCAGCGGAUCAUCCGACCCAGCAAAACCCGGCGUUUCCGUCCUGCUCAACUCAACUCGCUGCUGCCUCGGAGGCGUCGCGGUGCUUUUGUCUGUGCCUCGCCUGGUUAUGGCCAGCUCGGCGCAGCAGCAGCAACAGCAACAGCAGCAACAACAGCAGCAGCAACAACACAGCGUCUCCUUGUUCUUCGUCAAGGAGGAUCCGAAGGGAGGAGUUCAGUUUUCCAAUUCGCUGCGGAGUGAGCAGCCGCUGAAAUUGCUGGUGGAAGCAGAGGAAGAGGGAGCGGAAUUGCGGGUGAUUGACGGAAAUGGUGUUUGUGUGUUUAAAUGCUCCAUCAACCGGGAGACGGAAAGCUGCCGGGUGGGGAAACAGGCCUUCCUCAUUACCGUGGGAUGCAACAGUGUGUUACUUCAGUUUAACUCGCUUAAUGAAUUCUUUACCUUUCAUAACUCCUUAAAGGCCUUCAAAAACUCCAAUAAAGUCCCCUCAGCAUUCAGUCGACGAACAGAAGAUGCGUCUGCAGCACAGUACUUCCAGUUUUAUAGCAGCUUAUCACAACAGCAGAACAUGAUGCAGGAUUAUAUAAGAACUGCCACUUAUCAAAGGGCAAUACUCCAGAAUCACGUUGAUUUUAAGGAUAAGGUUGUUCUUGAUGUUGGUUGUGGCUCUGGAAUCCUUUCAUUUUUUGCCGUUCAAGCAGGAGCACGGAAGGUCUAUGCUGUGGAAGCCAGCACGAUGUCAAAAUAUGCAGAGAUUCUAGUGAAAAGUAACAAUCUUUCAGAACGGAUAAUGAUCCUGGAAGGGAAAAUUGAGGAAAUAACUAUUCCUGAGAAAGUGGACAUCAUUAUUUCAGAACCUAUGGGAUAUUUGUUAUUUCAUGAGAGGAUGCUCGAAAGCUACCUGCAUGCAAAAAAAUGGUUGAAGCCAAAUGGGAUGAUGUUUCCUACUUUUGGUGAUGUUCAUCUAGCUCCAUUUUCUGAUGAGCAGCUUUACAUGGAACACUACACGAGGGCAAAUUUCUGGUACCAGCAGUGUUUCCAUGGGAUUAAUCUGACAGGUCUUUGCAGGGCUGCUAUGGAUGAGUACUUCAGGCAGCCAAUUGUAGUAAGUGUCACUGUCAAUCUCUACGAACACACUGAUAAUGAUCUUUAAAUUUGCCAAUGUAGAAUGGAGAUCCCCUUUACCUUCCGAAUUCUUCAAUCUGGGCAAGUCCAUGGCUUGGCAUUUUGGUUUGAUGUGGCAUUUGUUGGUUCACAAAAAACUAUUUGGCUAUCAACUUCUCCCACUGAACCUUUGACACACUGGUACCAGGUGCGCUGUCUCCUACAGACCCCGCUGUUUGCUAAAGAAGGCGAGACGUUCUCAGGGAAAGUUUUACUUGUGGCAAAUAAACGGCAAAGUUACGAUAUUCAUAUUAUGGCGAUGGUAGACCAGACAGGCUUCAAGUCUGGGAACCUACUGGACUUAAAGAAUCCUUUCUUCAGGUAA